AUGGAUGAAGAACCAGAGAGAGCCAAGCGGUGGGAAGGGGGCUAUGAGAGGACAUGGGAGGUGCUGAAGGAGGAUGAAUCUGGCUCACUCAGAGCCACAGUGGAGGAGAUCCUGUUCCAGUCCAAAAGGAAAAGGGUGAUAGAGAGCCAUGGACAAGUGAGGCUUGGAAUGAUGCGUCACCUCUAUGUGGUGAUUGACUGUUCGAGGAGCAUGGAAGACCAGGACUUGAAACCAAAUCGCCUCACCUCCACGCUAAAGCUCACCGAAGCUUUUGUGGAUGAAUAUUUCGACCAAAACCCCAUCAGUCAGGUGGGUAUUAUCACCACAAAGAAUAAAAGGGCUGAGAAGCUGACUGACCUGGCAGGUAAUCCAAAGAAGCACAUUGCUGCUCUGAAGAAAGCAGUGGACACUGUGUGUGUAGGAGAGCCAUCCCUGUACAACUCUCUCAACUUGGCCAUACAGACCCUCAAGCACAUGCCUGGACAUACGAGCCGGGAGAUCCUGAUAAUCCUCAGCAGCCUCACCACUUGUGACCCAGCCAAUAUCUAUGAGCUGAUCAAGACCCUGAAAUCUCUGAAGGUGCGGGUGUCAGUGAUUGGCUUGUCAGCAGAGGUCCGGGUAUGUACGGUUUUGACCAGGGAGACAGGCGGAUCAUACCACGUUAUCCUGGAUGAGAGCCACUUCAAAGAGCUGCUGAUGCUGCAUGUCAAACCUCCUCCAGCCAGCUCCUCAUCUGAAUGCUCUUUAAUACGCAUGGGUUUCCCACAGCACACCAUCGCUUCGCUUACUGAUCAGGAUGCCAAGCCUUCAUUCAGCAUGUCUCAUCUGGACAACAGCAGUGGCCCGAGUCUUUCUCUGGAAGGAUACUUUUGUCCACAGUGCCACGCCAAGUAUACAGAGCUUCCUGUCGAGUGUAAAGUGUGUGGUUUGACUCUGGUGUUGGCUCCCCAUCUUGCCAGAUCCUUCCACCACCUCUUCCCUCUCCAAGCCUUUACAGAGAGUCCUGUGGAGGAGCUCCAAGAUGACAGGUUCUGUCAAGCUUGUCAAGGAGAGCUGAACGAUAAAAUUAUAUUCACCUGUCCAUCAUGUGGGAGUGUGUUCUGUGUGGAGUGUGAUCUCUUCAUCCAUGACUCGCUGCACUGCUGCCCAUGCUGUAUUCACAGUCAGAGCGCCUCCUGAAGCUGAGAGGCUUACCUACAAGGGCUCAAUGCAAACUACUCUGAGAACUGCAUCUGAGCCGCUGCACACCGCUUUGUAUGAGAAAUUGUGUCAGAAAUAUUUUGCAUGCUUUGCUUAUAAAUAUUUUUUUACUGCAGUUCUGUUUGUGACAUGGAAGUUACAAUAAAACAGAUUUUGUUUUUUUGUUCUCAGGUU